AUGAUGCAGAAAAUAAAAGUUGUGCUGCUGCUGCUCCUAGCUCAGGCAGUGCCUGGGAAAACCGAGCAGCCCCAGAUUACUUUCCUCACCAAUCUCAUCCAAAGUAUCCACAAAGAAGUACCGAUUCGGACCUUGCUCAUGCUGCAGCACCAUCAGGACAAGGACUGCUCGAUUCAGGAUUGGAAUCCCGAUGGUAUUCCCAUCGUACGAGUCAACGAGCUGAUAGAAAUAGACAUGAGGAAGCACUUCAAUCACAUGUCGGCGGCAUUGGUCUGCCUAGAGGAAACCUCCCACAUGAGUCUGCUCCUAGAUGCUCUGGCCAAGUCAUUCGAUCAUUUGCGGUAUGUGCGAACCAUACUGUGGACGCAAGGGAAUCCAGCAGAGGAAUUCCUCAAACAGAUCUCCGACAAGGCCGAGGAGCAUAAAUUUCUUCAAAUGAUCGUUCUGGGCUGUCAUCAAAGAGGGGAAGUUUCCCUCCAUCGUUUACGUUCAUUUCCCAGUCCUCAGUUUGAGCGGAUUGAGAAUAUCUCGAGCAUUGCAGGCUCCACAUUCCACCCGCGUGAACUUAACUACCUAGGAAAAAAGGCACUUGUGUUUCCAAAUCGGGACUCACCCGUAAAUUACACCACCAAGUAUGCACCAACGGGCGAGUUCCCCGUCACACGGGCGGAGGACAAGCAGAUCAUUGAGUUUGCUUUGAGAUACAAUUUGACACUGGUACUAACGGAGAAGCAGGACUCCGACGUGGCUGAUCCGUAUUCCGAUAUUCAGUUAAAUCCUCGCCCAGUCUUGAGUAACGAUCUUGUCGACCAAAUUGAAUGUGUUAAUACUUUCUCUGUGUCCUCGCUGAUGGUUGUGGUUCCCUGCGGCAGGGUGACGAACAUCACAGAUGUUUUCCAUAAGCUGGACCUGAGGACUUGGUUCCUGUACAUCCUAUCCGUGUACGCCACCUUCGUGGUGGCGGAGAGCGUCAUUUUGGUUGCAACCCAUCGUAUCUUAGGCCGUUCCUAUCGUCUAACCAACCUGAAUCCCUGUGUGAAUAUGCGCGCCUUCAGGGCCAUCCUGGGACUCCCCUUUCCCAUUGGCCCCAGACUGACCGUCUCGCUCCGCCUGCUUUUCCUGGCCAUGAGCUUGUUCGGGAUGAUCUUCAGCAACUUCUUCAGCUGUAAGCUGAGCUCCCUGCUGACCAAGCAUCCCCUGCAACCUCAGGUGGAGAGCUUCAAACAAAUGGAGAACAGUGGUCUGACCGUAAUUGGAGAGACAUCCAUGCAACCCUUCAUCGAGACUUCGCCUUUGUAG